AUGAGGUGUACAGCUGGGGAGAGCACCGUGGCGCGCGUUUAUGCUCUGCUCCCAGGCAAAACCUUCUCCAUAUACGAAGAGCUUUUUCAAGCGAUUUUGGACACGUGUGAAGCGAACGGUUAUGCUCCAUACCCUGAGAUCAUCAUUAGCGACUAUGAGAUGGCCGCCAUAAGAGCGUCGAAAGCGGUCUUCGGAGAAGAUGUCACCACGAAAGGCUGCUUCUUUCACCUCUGCCAGAGUACCCACCGCAAGGUACGCGAGCUGGGCCUCAUCAGCAGGUACAAGACGGACGACAGGUUCAAGAAGAUGUGUGGAAUGCUAGACGGCCUCGCAUUCCUCCCUCCCGACCUUGUUCCAGUUGGGCUGGACUACAUCCGUGGUCAGGCUCCAACAGACCUCGAUGACCUCAUCGACUAUUUUGACGCGACGUAUGUAAACGGAACGUUCCGAGCAGUGUCAUCGAGAGUAGCCGAUGGCGCAUUAACCACAACGAUGCGCCGACGACUUAGCAAACUCAAUAUCACUAACUUCGCUCAGCCGCUGGUCCCUCACCAGAACUCCUACACCUCCACCUUUUGUCCAUUCACGAGAGCGAAAGAAGCUUUGGUAGCCAGACAGAGAAAAUUGGUUGCACAAGUUAUCAUCGAUGUCAAUUUCUGUUAA